UGUAUCCCCACUGACGAGAAGCUAUGGGAUUAGCAAAAUAGUCCAGAGAUGCGUGUGUCUCCUUGGUCACCUCUGAAAACACACUUCUUUAGCCGGUUCCAUCACAGAGGUAGCGGCGUUGUUGUUACGAACGGGCGCAGAUUUUUAUUACGCUGUCUUACGGAAUAAUGUUAACACCUGUGGCCUUGAGCAGAGCAGGAAAACGAACUUGCCACCUGAGGUAACUCGCUAGCGCGUUAGCAGGCUCGGCGGCUCGACGACAUAAUAGGCUGCUGUGCUUCUCGGGAACACGGUGUGCUCGUUGUGUCAGAUCAGCUCGGCCGCUCAUCGAUGAUAGUAUCUGUGAUUUACAGAUAGCGUCUCUAUCCUUCACGGUUGCCUUUUGUUGUGUAAUCAUCCCCCCUGGCCGUGGGAUGGAGUGGCACCAUCUUACUUGCUAGUGAGCGAGCUAGCAGCUGUACAGCCGGUCCCCAGUGUCUUCGCAUUGCGCUGGCUAAAAAUACACUUCUUGUCCCAUGCUCACUGCCCCUCCAAAAGUGGUGGGCUAGUCCACACCGGACUUCGGAUUUUCUGGUCGCCUUGCUUGGAGUUUGGCACUCUACAUGGUCACUACAGUGAAUUCAGGACGACUUGAAGAGCGAGUCGGACCCCGAGGUUGUGAGCCGAGCUGGCCUGAUCUAACGUUACAUCGUACCGGUUGGUGGGCUUUAGGUCUCCAAGUGAACGAAACUCGGCUUUGGCUUAUCGGUGGCCGAAUAUCAUUUAGCCCUAAUGGCCUUGUACUGCCUCCAGUAGUAAUAUAAGAAGCCUUGGUGCAGCCCAGGGUUGCAAGAGCUAAACUCUGUAAAGGUCAGAGAAAAACACUGUUUCCACUGUCAACUGUCUUGAGAUUGGCGAGGCAGACUUCAUCUGUCCGGAGCAGAGCACCAUGUCGGAGGACAACAACGCAGACAAGUUUAUCAAGGAGACAUCCAUUCUAGACGAGUACAACAUUAACUGGACGCAGAAGUUGGGGGCCGGCAUCAGUGGACCUGUCAGAGUUUGUGUGAAGAAGUCAUCUCAGGAACGCCUGGCCCUAAAGAUCCUCAUUGAUCGCCCCAAGGCAAGAAACGAGGUGCGUCUCCAUAUGAUGUGUGCCAACCACCCAAACAUAGUGCAAAUCCUGGAGGUUUACGCCAAUAGUGUCCAGUUCCCACACGAGUCCAGUCCGAGAGCGAGGCUCCUGAUUGUUAUGGAGAUGAUGGAGGGUGGCGAGCUGUUCCACAGAAUCAGUCAGCACAGGCACUUUACUGAAAAGAUGGCCAGCCAGGUCACAAAACAGAUCAGUCAAGCCUUGGAACAUUGUCACUCCCUAAAUAUUGCACAUCGUGACCUGAAGCCAGAGAACCUGCUCUUCAAGGAUAACUCUCUGGAUGCACCCGUGAAGUUGUGUGACUUUGGCUUUGCCAAAAUUGAUCAAGGAGACUUGAUGACCCCUCAAUUCACUCCCUACUACGUAGCACCUCAGGUACUUGAGGCUCAAAGACGACACCAGAAGGAAAAGUCUGGGAUUAUACCUACCUCACCCACUCCUUAUACCUAUAAUAAGAGCUGUGACUUGUGGUCUCUCGGUGUGAUCAUCUACGUGAUGCUGUGUGGCUAUCCUCCGUUCUACUCCAAGCACCACAGUCGCACCAUCCCGAAGGACAUGAGGAAGAAGAUCAUGACGGGCAGCUUUGACUUCCCCGAAGAUGAGUGGAGCCAGAUCUCUGAGAUGGCUAAGGACAUUGUACGCAAGCUGCUGAAGGUGAAGCCAGAGGAGAGGCUGACUAUUGAAGGAGUAUUGGCCCACCCGUGGCUCAACUGCACUGAGGCCCUCGACAACGUGCUUCCCUCCGCCCAGAUGAUGAUGGACAAGGCGGUAGUCGCAGGUAUCCAGCAGGCCCAUGCAGAGCAGUUGGCCAACAUGAGAAUUCAGGAUCUGAACGUCAGCCUGAAGCCCCUAAACUCUGUCAACAACCCAAUCCUCAGGAAGCGGAAACUACUAGGCCCCAAGCCCAGUGACAGUUUCUUCAUUCAUGACCCAGAGAACGGAGGGGAAGACUCCAACGUAGCGCUGGAAAAAUUACGAGAUGUCAUUGCACAGUGUAUACUACCACAAGCUGGAGAGAACGAGGAUGAGAAGCUGAACGAGGUGAUGUAUGAAGCCUGGAGGUUCAACAGAGACUGUAAACUGCUGAGAGACGGCCUGCAGGGGCUCAGCUGGGACGGACGAGCCUUCUCUGAUAAAGUCGACCGCUUGAAGCUGGCUGAAAUAGUGAAACAGGCCAUCGAAGAGAAGACGAAUCUUCAAGAAUCCCAUUAGCAAACGCUGUCUUUCUAUCUUCUUUUUAUAUUGUUUAUUAUGACCCUUUUUAACCCAUAUCUGUAAAGAGGCUUUUUUAUGUAAAAAUGAUGCGCUACUUCUUUUUUUUUCUUCUUCAUGAAUUCACUUGCAAGACCUAUUGUACAGCUGUAGAUAUAUUUCAAAGAGGACUCAUUGGUACUAUAAUUUUUUUUUAAGGAUUCUUGCAAAAAAAAACAUUGGAAAAAAAACCAAGUAUAUUUUCAUUUUUUGCAACAAAAAAAAAGAAAACCGAAAAGAAGAGAAAAAUCAGUUAAAGAAAUUAUUUUCUGGGAGGGAUUUUUUUAUUAGCUGUUUGUCCAAGUGUUUUAUCCCAGUUAUUUCCUUUUUAUUCUAUUUUCUUUUAUCCAUCCUAAGAAUUUUAUUUAUUUAAAACAAAGAGCUCUGUUAUUUUAUUCCUUACUUGUAGCCUGGCGGUGGGCUGUAAUGUCGAGAGAAGCUGUCUGCUAUGCGACUUUGUUCUUCCACACACACGCUCUGAAUCUCAGACUGUGUUUGAGUUAUCUUAAUCUUUGUUUUUGUGUAACUUUCCGCUGACCUUUUUUGCUGGAUAGAGUUCAAGGCAGAGUGGAAAUGGAGGUAAAAGAAAGUGUCAUGAAAUAGACAAAUGCAGCUUAAUUUUGUCACAACCCCUUAUUUGAAGCUGUUAAGUGACGGUACUAAAUACAUCCAAGAAGACUAAGCAGAAACACUAUGGCUGGGUUUCAUUCUGACACAUUUAGAUCAGUCUGUUUUGACAAAAAAAGUCUUAAUUUGUUAGCUUUUUGGAAGUUUUAAACUGUCUCACGGCCUUCUUUACUUAGACUGUGAGAUGCUGCUGAAAGCUCCAGUUAAGACUUUAUUGUCAAACUGUUUCCACGGUCAGGAAUUAACUUUCAUGAUUAAUUAAUCCAGGUAGGUUCCGCAAACAUAUACACAUGAAGAGAUGAUACUGUUUGUCAGCUUGUUGCUUCAUCCGCAACUAUGAAGCAAUCGGAGCUGCUCUUCCAUAAACUUGUAUCUACUGGAAUUCAGACCAGGGUCAGUUAAUUAAUGUUUAAGUCCUUUUUAGAGCAGGAGAGCUUGCUACUUGAGCCAACAGAAACAUAAAUUAAGUUGAUGUCUUUAUGGCAGAAAAGAUCGAUAGAAAGGUUUAAGCAUCCAUAAACAGGUCUGUUAGGAUUUCAGUCUCAUCCAACAUGCUGUGCUACUAAAUGUGCAAUAGGGCAAUCAUUUAAUAGUGUAUUUAUAGUGCAUGCAUGUACAUGGUAGCGAGAUUGUGUGUAUCCAUCUGUCAGUAUUACUGUCUGACCUUCCCUACUUCAUUUCAGUGGUCUGAAUACCAGCAAAUACUCCCUCCCUUCGCUCAUCCUCUAGGUGUUUAUUAAUAUCAUAUCAUUGAUUAGCCAAAGUGAACUUUUUUGCUCCAGUGCUCUUGUCAUAUCUGAUAUUAUUUCUUCAAAGAGGGGUUGAAAAAAAGGGAUUCAUGUUUAGGUGUUGUAAGGAGGGCAUUGUUGAGUCAACAGAACAGGGAUUAGAUGGCUGAGAGUGCAAGUUUUCAUGUUCAGUGCCUGGUUAUUUCUUCAAUAACGUUGUUUAUUUUAAAAAUCCUCAAAUGUUUGUUAUGAAGUUCCCCUUUGACCUUUUUUUUUUUUUCUUCUUUGAACAUAUUUUCCUGUCAAGAUUACUGCAUUAACGAUGUCUUUUUUUCUUUUUCUUUUUUACCUUAUUGAAAAUAUAUUCUGAGUAAUUAGCAAACAUUGGUGCAAUAUAUUGUUGCUGUCCAGUGAAAAACGUGUAUCUCCAAUUUUGGUGAUUUUGAGAUAAACUGAGAUUAAGGAAAUUCUCCUACUUCUUAAAAUAAAUAAACCCUCUAAAAACUCACUGGAUUAUCUUUUUGCAUUGUCACAUAUCUUAAAAAAGGCAGUUUUUUCCUCACGAAUGGUUGACAUUUUGGAGACACAGGACAGUGACGAUAUGUAAGCUGAUCCUUUUUCACACCAUUUGUAACUGACGGGAAGAAAAAGUUCAAGCCUUCCUUUUGUAUGUCUUGUAUUUUUAUUUAGGUUUGGUUUAAAAACUAAAUUCAUCAAUCAUUACCAUCAUGAUUCUGAGAGAUUGUUUUGACGAUGUCUUGAUGAUUUGUCAUACAUUCUCCCUUUUUAAAAUCUCAAUGAUAACCAUAGCUUGUAUUUGAAAAGGCCUUAUUAUUAUACGGCCAAAAUUUAUGCUUAAAUGUGCCUUUUUGAUGGGGCAGCAUCUACAUCCUUUACUGCUCAGUAAAAACAAGAUGAAGGGAAACUCAGAAUCAUCUAGUAGUGAAGUGUAUCUUUCAUUGCACAAUUUGCUGUGUUGGUUUAGCAACAUUUUGUUGAAAUUAAUUAAUAUUUGGCUGAAAGUCUUAAUAUUAGAUUACCUAAUUGGGCUGUGUCUUGAGUUAAGCCCUUAUUUCACCAUAAACACAAAAUAGUUUGGGUUUUAGGGAAAUACACUUAUUUUAUUAUUAUUAUAAAGACUGAAAAUGGGGAAACAGCUAGCCCAGCUGUGUCCAAUGGUCUUCCUAACAGCACAUCUGAAGCUCAUAAAUAACACAUUAGAUCUUGCUUGUUUAAGGCUGUUAAAAAAUUGAAAUUUAAAAUUAACAAUUUGCAUUUUAUGGGUUUGUGCCAUUUUCUUAAACCCCAUGUAACAUGUUAGUGAGUUUCAGAGGUGCUGUAGUGUUUAUAUUUAACAGACAGGAAUGGGAGGAGUGUCAGUCUUCUCAUCUCUGCCACAAAGCAAAUUAAGCUUGUUUUCCAAUACGUCGAUUUCUUAUGCUUAAAUGUGCAAUAGUCAAUUUUUGUUUUUGUUUUGUUUUUAUGUUGGAUCAUUCAUUUUGGAGCCCACCACAUCAAACGUACAGUAUUGCAGAAUCAGCCGAGCUUCUCACUGAAAGUGGAACGUACGUGUUUUGUUUUGCUUUGACCAUGUUUGUGUGGAUCUGUGAGAGUAUGCAAUUAAUUUAUGUGUGUGUGUGUGUGUCUGUCCAGUAUACUGGACUUGUAUUAUCUGGAGGCCUAUCAAAGAAUCAAGAGCUGCAUCCUUUGAAUUUCUUCCCCACCCUGCAGCGUUUAUAUGCUCUACUGAGUGAGCAUUAUUGUUUGAGGAUAGUGUAAUUAUUUAUUAUUGCACAUAUCUUGAUAUGGAUACUCCUGAGUCCCGACAAUAAAAACCCAAUGGGAAACAUACAGUCAUGCUCGGAUAGCAUUUACCUGCUGUCUGCUGCUCAGUGUUAGGCUACUAAAAAAGUCCCAGAGGGCAUUUGGGUUUGAAGAUGCUACCUCCCUCACAUCCUCUUACUGAGUAGUUACAGCUGCAGGAUGCCAUUCAGGCUGACAUUCAGGCUUACCUUUGCUUAAGAUAUAACUAUAUAUAACCAAGUAGCUUCCACUAGUCAAUUUCUCUCAUCUGCUCACUGAAGAGAAACUUCUUGUGUAAUCCAAGCUCUCUGUACACGGAAUUCUGGCUGUAGAGGAAUAAACCAUGUCCUUUUUUAAAACACCAGCUCAUAAAAAAAUCACCGGAAAGCAACAACUGGUUCAGUCAGCACUGAUAUUCUUGAAUAACACCAGUUGCUUCCAUUUUAUGUGUACUCAAAGUACGGAGAGGCGCGAUUAUAUAUUUUGAGUUUUAAGAAGCGCUUGCUUCUUUGGGUCUGGCAUCAAACAGAUGUAAAGAGGAAGAAUUAAUUUCACCUGAAGUAGCUGUUCUUGUUUAUGUGGAUUAGUCAGGGAGAACCCCCCAUUCUCGGCUUUACCAGUUUGUCUCGCUUUUCUCUGGUAUGGCAGUUAUGUAGCAUGUACCUGAAUCUCUCACGAAAGGCUGUUUCCAUCUACACAUCUAUAUUUUUUGCCCCUUCUGUCUUCUUUGGAGUGUCAUCAACAUGCUGACUUUGUAAUAAAGGAAUCCUUUGACUUUA